UCGUGAGAUGAGGGAUCUGUCAACAACGAUUGCUUAAUGUGGCUCACCACCUGCACAGACAGGUAAAUGAGUCUUUUGCCAACCUACAAAACUUUCUACCUGAUAUUCUGGAGAUAAUAAUUCGACAAGUUACCGGUUAAACGGAUGCUUGGAAGUAAACGGAAGCGUCAUCUCCAAGAUGGAGCUAAACGCUGCAAAGUAAGUCAGGAGUCAUGAAGCAGUUUUAUCACUACAGCUGGAUUACAUGGAAUGAAGGACCUUUACUUUGAACUGUUUUUUCUGUCUUUUUCUCUUUUUUCUUUUUUCUUUUUACUUUCUAAAUUGAUUCAGCAAUAUUUUCCUCGGGGAUUUGGAGUAUGUACGGUAUGUCAGUUAAAAUAAGGAUCCUAUUAUCAGAAGGACUGCAUGUAGAGGCGCAGCGGUCCCCAUGACAAACAGAUGGGAACUAGCAGCAUUUGGGUAGCUCUCGUCAGCAUACGACGAUAUGGGCUGAACCAUAUUGUCUACCUGUGUGACAUGUUAACGAUGUCUUUCAAAGACGAUCACUUUUCAAACAGCCUGUCGUCACUUAUACGAAGAAUUCAUAAUCUAAAACAUGUAUCAAGCUGAAUGAAAAACUGAAUUUUCACAAAGUAACUCCCAUGGAUGACUUGGGAACUGCAUCAAAGUAAAAUGCUGCAGUAACAGACAUAGAUAAAAGUGUUCACCAUCAGAUCUGGACUAUCCAAAAAUUGAACCCACCAACAGGAUAGGAAAGCCAGGUUCUAUUUCAGGUAUAGAAAUCAGUGCACACCUGAGUGCGGUGUGUUUAAAAUUGGAAUCUAUAUUGUCUAGAGCAGCUGCAUACUUUAACAACUGCAUGUUACAAGUCUUAUAUUGCUGCGGAGCUUCUUGGUUUGCAUACCAUUUUAUCAAGCGCUCUGGUUGUGUGUGCCCGCUACCUUGACCCUCUGGUUAUAAAUGACAUAUUUUUAGGCGUUAUUACGUGGGAGGUGGGGCUAAUUAGACUAUUUAGCCGCAUAUGUUUGCCUCUCAGACUCAAUGGGAAGACACAUUCUCCUAAAAGGAUUACAGAUGUACCUCCUUCAGACUCUCGGGUUUGCUUGGCUGAUUUUUGGAUUCUCUACUGAUUGUGUUUCUGCCGCAGGAGCAAAUGCAGCCUCCAGAAACGACUGUGGACAAGACUGCAGUGAAACACAGUAUGACACCCAAGAAGCUGCUCGCUCUGGAAACAAAUUUCACCCAGGGGCAAGUCUGUCUUGUUGUGGAAAGGAACCUUACAAUCCUGAAGUAGCAACCUGUUGCAAAGUACAAGACGGAAACAAGGCUUUUGAUAAGGACAAGCAAUUGUGUUGCGGUGCAAGUGAUAAAAAGACGAUUCUGGUGAGAAAUUCCACUUUCCACUGGUGCUGCGGUCACAACCAGUAUGACAACAGGACUCAGUGUUGCUGUGAGAAUAAGGAAGGUGUUCUGGAGGUACAACCUAAGAAUUCAUCUUGCUGCGACAAGAACUCGACUACAGGAGUGCAUCAUGUGGGAAAUCUGCAUUGUGGUCCGAAUGAUAAUAAGAAGAGUCUGGUGAGAAAUUCCAGUUUCCACCAGUGCUGCGGUCACAACCAGUAUGACAACAGGACUCAGUGCUGCUGUGAGAAUAAGGAAGGUGUUCUAGAAGUACAACUGAAGAAUUCAUCUUGCUGUGACAAGAGCUCCACCGCAGGAGUACAUAAUGUAGGAAAUCUGCGUUGUGGUCCGAAUGAUGAUAAGAAGAGUCUGGUGAGGAAUUCCAGUUUCCACCAGUGCUGCGGUCACAACCAGUAUGACAACAGGACUCAGUGCUGCUGUGAGAAUAAGGAAGGUGUUCUAGAGGUGCAACCGAAGAAUUCAUCUUGCUGUGACAAGAACUCCACUACAGGAGUGCAUCAUGUGGGAAAUCUGCAUUGUGGUCCGAAUGAUAAUAAGAAGAGUCUGGUGAGAAAUUCCAGUUUCCACCAGUGCUGCGGUCACAACCAGUAUGACAACAGGACUCAGUGCUGCUGUGAGAAUAAGGAAGGUGUUCUAGAAGUACAACUGAAGAAUUCAUCUUGCUGUGACAAGAGCUCCACCGCAGGAGUACAUAAUGUAGGAAAUCUGCGUUGUGGUCCGAAUGAUGAUAAGAAGAGUCUGGUGAGGAAUUCCAGUUUCCACCAGUGCUGCGGUCACAACCAGUAUGACAACAGGACUCAGUGCUGCUGUGAGAAUAAGGAAGGUGUUCUAGAGGUGCAACCGAAGAAUUCAUCUUGCUGUGACAAGAACUCCACUACAGGAGUGCAUCAUGUGGGAAAUCUGCUUUGUGGUCCGAAUGAUAACAAGAAGAGUCUGGUGAGAAAUUCCAGUUUCCACCAGUGCUGCGGUCACAACCAGUAUGACAACAGGACUCAGUGCUGCUGUGAGAAUAAGGAAGGUGUUCUGGAGGUACAACUGAAGAAUUCAUCUUGCUGUGACAAGAGCUCCACCGCAGGAGUGCAUAAUGUAGGAAAUCUGCGUUGUGGUCCGAAUGAUAAUAAGAAGAGUCUGGUGAGGAAUUCCAGUUUCCACCAGUGCUGCGGUCACAACCAGUAUGACAACAGGACUCAGUGCUGCUGUGAGAAUAAGGAAGGUGUUCUAGAGGUGCAACCGAAGAAUUCAUCUUGCUGUGACAAGAACUCCACUACAGGAGUGCAUCAUGUGGGAAAUCUGCAUUGUGGUCCGAAUGAUAAUAAGAAGAGUCUGGUGAGAAAUUCCAGUUUCCACCAGUGCUGCGGUCACAACCAGUAUGACAACAGGACUCAGUGCUGCUGUGAGAAUAAGGAAGGUGUUCUGGAGGUACAACUGAAGAAUUCAUCUUGCUGUGACAAGAGCUCCACCGCAGGAGUGCAUCAUGUGGGAAAUCUGCUUUGUGGUCCGAAUGAUAACAAGAAGAGUCUGGUGAGAAAUUCCAGUUUCCACCAGUGCUGCGGUCACAACCAGUAUGACAACAGGACUCAGUGCUGCUGUGAGAAUAAGGAAGGUGUUCUGGAGAUACAACCCAAGCAUUCAGAUUGCUGUGCAAAGGAGUCAGUUAAACCUGAAGGUUUUCGACAACUGACACAUAGGCUCCUACACUGUUGCACUGAACCAAACACACAUCUCUGUGGGUCGACAUGUUACAAUCCAAAGACGCAUCGUUGCUGUGAGAGACACCAAAAGCCUUUUUGGUUCUGCGCCUCAGGUAAACGCAAGGCCAGGGUGUAUGACCCACGUAUAGAGGUCUGCUGUGAUGGAUCUGUAUCUCCGUGGAAGCCGUGGAUAGAUCAAUUUCAUGGCAGCCCAGGACAACACUGCUGUGGGACGGAAAUUUACCGGCCUCGUACUGAGAUCUGCUGCAACGGACACAGACACCCCAAAUCAGAAAAUCUUCACUGCUGUGGGGUCAAAGCCUACAACAUUAAAGACCCACAGAUGAAGUGCUGUGCAGGAACACUGUACAAUUUGACAUCAUUAGACAAGCAUGGAGGGGACGCGCAGUGCUGCGGAUCCAUCCUGCAAAAGCCACAGGAUAUUUGCUGCUCAAGCCAGAAAAAAGAGAUGCUUUACUCUGUCAAGACAGGAUUUGGAUGCUGUGGUCACCUCUAUUACAACACCACCCUGUGGUCAUGCUGUGCUGGGAGGCUGAGAUCAAUCCAUGAACCAGGACAGGAUCAGAGAAAGAUGACUCAUGGAUCCAGACUUCUAUCUUUGAAUAAUCUAAACACAAGUGGUCUCUGCAAAGAAAUGUACACUGGGACUGUGGAAAGUGUGUCUGUGAAGAGCGUUGUGUUCAGGAAUGUGCUGAAGGUUCAUGGGAACAACGUGACAGCUCUGCCUUUGCAUUACAUCUUGGACAUAGACGAUCACUGUCAAUCACCUAAACUGUUUCUUGGGAAGACCUACAUCUUUAACAAAGUUAAUGUUUUCACUGAUUUCAACCAUGACUCUGUUCUUCAGUCACUCCAUUUCAUUUUUUCUAAAUGUUCAUCUUAGAUCAUGACUGUCUGAUCUAUGUAUGGUCAGUGAUUAGCUGUUCUCUUGUUUUUGUCUUAGAACAAGUACUCAGUUUUUAUUUACUCAGUGUUGGGUUUCUUACUCUAAAAUAGUACUACACUAAGACUAAUGCCUAGGGGUUUUUUAUCCUCAGAAGAAUGUACUGUUAAAGUACUCAUUACAGGGAUGUUCUCUUACAUAAUGGUCUAUUAACAAUAUAACACUGUAUAACACUGAACCUUAGAAAUGCCCAUUAAUUAGUAAAAACUCUACCCUAAAAGGAAAGACCAUUGAAGCUUAACAUUUGGGCACUUUGCUGGUGUAAGCAUAAAAUCAAAGAACCAGCCAUAUUUCUAUCACUCAUUUUAUUUUUCCAUCAGUUAUUGUUGUGCAAGCACACAUGAAAAUGUUUAAAAAUGUGAUCUUUUUAAUCUUUCUGUUACCUAAAUAAUUGAAGAAUAUGUAACUCAAUUGAAUUAAUUCAUUAACUGAAAUAUGUUUACUCAAUUAAUGCAUUAUAGAAAAAUUUAACUUGAUUAAAGAUUGCAUUACUUUUAAACUGUUUAAAUUAAAAAAUCCAGAAUUAGUUAUUAGUGAUAUUACUUACAAGAUGACAAGUUGCUAUCAGUAUGCAGUGCAUUAAAUGUUCAACGCUCAUCUCCAUCCAAACCAUGUUGCUCUGUUUUUGAACGCAUCCUAAAAUGUGUCCUCGGUAAUUACUACUGUUACACAGCUAGUUAGUGUACAGUGUUGUUAAGUUAUACAUGCAGUAAUGCAACAUGACCAUUAUCUUUCAAAGUCUGAUAAAGCUAAAGUAGUAACUAGGAUAUCCAAGCUAGUCUUAGUUUGAAAUUAACAGUAGCUAACACCUUAGCUAUCAGUGUAACAGGAAGCAAGGCAUGCAAGUAUGUUAGCAUACAGCUUGACGGUCACAUAAGCUAAACUGCUAUCAGCUAAUAUUGUUUGUCAUUUGAAAUUUUUGUGACUGUUAUUUUUAUGCCUCUUUUUUGCACUAAACUAAAUUGUAAAUGGCAACUAUUUGCACAUGUCCUUGAACCAUACAAUUGAAUGUAUAAAUGUACUGUAAAGCAUGAUUUUUUUGAAAGAUAAAGCUUGUGACUGUCAAAUGGUUAGUUGACAAUACCAUUAUUAUAAGCACCCCAGUUCCCACUGAUCCCUCUAAAAAUGCUAUAUUUCUGUUUCUUUGUAAGUACCUACUUUUAAUCACCUUGACCCAAGUUAUUUUUAUAUAUGUGACUUCUGGGAAGAUUUUUGGCAUUUACUGUGUGUGUCUUUGGUCACACAUACCUUUAAACUACUAACAGGACAAGCUCAUGAUAUACAGUAUAUAUAUUUUAUAUUAUAUUGCAUGUUUAUAUUUAAUAUUUAAUAGCACCUCCUGUAUUAUUACGUUUUAAAUAAAUAAGAAGAUAAGGAUAAUUGAAUGUGUGUGUUUUUUAUUACUGAGUUAUCACCUUGAGGUUGGGAUUAUCAAAAGUGGAGGUUCUUUAGCAAAAAAAUAAAUGAAAAAAGUACUUGUAUUACAAUAUGUGCAUAUAACAAUUUAUUUAUACAUAACUAU